UCACCUCCUGGGAGGACCUGGUCGGUGCUGCAGAAGAUCCAAUCGUUCGAGGAGAUGGUGAGGCGGAGGUGCAGCUGGAAGGAGGAGGCUCGGUGCCUGCCUUCGGCCUCGGACGUAGGCCUUAGCGACACAGCGGGCGGCCUGGGCCCAGGCUCAGGCUCAGACUCAGACUCGGGCCCAGUCUCCAGCUCAGGGUCAGUCCCAGGCCUAGGCCCAGGUGGCAGACAGCAUUCCCGGCAUUCGGAAGGGCUGAGGGAGCUUGGCUGUCCCCUUCCGCUCGGUGAGGGAGAGUCCCAGGACACGACAGUAUCCCUCGGGCUGACAGCGUCGAGCCCCCUCAGUGAGUCCCCACAAUGCGAGGUGGUCAUUUCUCCAUUCCUCAGCUCUGAUGACGAGGCCUCACUCUCUGACAGCUCAGCGGUCAACAGCAACAGUGAUGUGGUCCUUCUGGACAAGAGUUACUCCAUCAGUCUGGCUGAACUCAGAGACUGCGGGAUAGAGUUGAGGGAGGAUGGGCAGAAGGGCGAGCAGUGGAAUCACUCAGCCUCCCUCCGCUCCAACCUGUCCUCAAUGUCAGUGGUCUCACUCAUUCCCAACGACGAACUGGAGAGACUCUUGUCUGAGGUCAAGGGGCUGGAAGAGGAAUCGAUCCAGUGUCCUGAGGAUGUUCGGGUGGUGGUGCUCCAUAAGGAUGAGGGCACAGGCCUCGGAUUCAGCAUCGCCGGUGGGCAGGACCACACCAACAGGAUGGUGACCGUUCACAAAGUCUUUCCGAACGGCCUGGCCGCUCAGGAGGGGACCAUCGAGCGAGGGGAUGAGGUCCUUUCCAUUAACGGGAACCUCCUGAAGGACAUCAGCCACAGUGAGGCCCUGUCUCACCUCCACAAAGUCAGGCCUUCCAAGCAGGCUAUCGUCGUGAUCCGCAAGGUGCCCGAGUCGGAGAGAGCCACCCCGUGUAGGGAGAGGUCCACGGCCAGAUGCCACUGGCCGGCAGCGAUGUGCCAGGUACCACCACCGUGAGUCUGUUUUGAGUCUUGCUGUGUGCGUUUCCCUCUCCUUCAGUUGGGGGGGGAGGUCUGGACCAA